AUGCCACCCCCAGGAGGAGAGACCCAACUUCAGUAUACCCCUCCUGAUGGAGGAUGGGGCUGGGUGGUUGUUGGCGCAUCUUUUAUCUCCAUUGGAUUUUCAUAUGCAUUCCCUAAAGCUGUCACAGUAUUCUUCAAAGAAAUUCAGGAAAUAUUCAGCACAUCCUACAGUGAAAUAGCGUGGAUAUCGUCCAUCAUGCUGGCUGUUAUGUAUGCAGGAGGUCCCAUCAGUAGUGUUUUGGUGAAUAAAUAUGGCAGUCGUCCAGUGGUGAUAACAGGAGGUUUACUGUGCUGUUUGGGAAUGGUGUCUGCCUCUUUUUGCACCAGUGUUAUAGAGCUUUAUAUCACUAUGGGAAUCAUUGUAGGUUUAGGUUUAGCCUUCAACCUGCAACCUGCCUUGACGAUCAUUGGCAAAUACUUCUUUAAGAAGAGACCCAUGGCGAAUGGAUUGGCCAUGGCAGGAAGCCCUGUUUUCUUAAGUACAUUGGCUCCUUUUAAUCAGUUUCUUUUUAAUAAUUUUGGCUGGAAAGGAAGCUUCUUGAUUUUGGGGGCUAUACUUUUGAAUGCCUGUGUGGCUGGAUCUCUCAUGCGACCUGUUGGGCCCACACCAGCUAAAAUCAAGUCUGAAAAUAAGACUGGAAUAAAAGAGGAUGAGUCAUCUGUGCAGAAGAGCCAUAAGAAGAAAUCCAUUUUUGAAAGAUUGAGUAAAUACUUAGAUUUCUCUCUUUUUAAGCAUAGAGGCUUUCUUAUAUACCUAUCUGGAAAUGUUAUUAUGUUUUUUGGAUUUUUUGCCCCUGUCAUAUUCUUGGCUCCAUAUGCUAAGGACAAAGGAAUUGAUGAGUAUUCUGCAGCUUUUUUGCUGUCUGUUAUGGCUUUUGUUGAUAUGUUUGCUAGGCCUUCUGUAGGAUUCAUUGUAAACUCCAGGUUUAUCCGUCCCCGAAUCCAAUACUUCUUCAGUUUUGCAAUCAUGUUCAAUGGAAUCUGCCAUCUCCUCUGCCCGCUGGCAGAGGACUACACAAGCCUGGUGGUGUAUGCUGUAUUCUUUGGCCUGGGAUUCGGGAGUGUUAGUGCUGUCCUCUUUGAAACUCUCAUGGACCUUGUUGGUGCCUCGAGGUUUUCCAGUGCCGUGGGACUCGUCACAAUUAUAGAAUGCUGCCCAGUUCUACUUGGCCCUCCACUUGCUGGUAAAUUGGUGGAUGAAACUGGAGAAUACAAAUACAUGUAUAUGGCCUGCGGGAGUGUUGUGGUCAUCGCCAGCGUGUGGUUGCUCAUUGGCAAUGCUAUAAACUAUAAAUUGCUCGACAAGGAAAAGAGGGAGGAAGAGGACAGGCAGAAGAAAAUAUGUCAACUUGAGUCUGGUGACUCUGAGCCCUUGAGCAAGUCAUUGCAGGAUGAUAGUGCCAAAAUUUCAAACACAUUGAGUAUGCUCUCAGAAAGAGAAACGAAUUUUUAA